UGACUUGAGAUGAGACAUGAGAGAGUUAAAGAGCCAAUAAAAAGAACACAACACAACAGUGUCUAAAACAUAAACUAAAAGAUCUAUAUAUAACUAAGUACUUCUUACUUACAAAAGAGACAGAGUAAAAGAGAUAGAGAGAGAGAGAGAGAGAGAGUUCAACGCACGCCUCUUACUAAAACUCUUCCUUAUUAAGUAACUACAACGGCGGCGGCGGUGGUCUUUUCCCGGCGGCGACUUUUACUUUUGACCCUUUUUUGUUUUUUCAGCCUCCUUUCACUGGUUCUUUAACAAGAGAAGGAAGAUGAGCGAGAACCUUGUGUUGAGAAGCAGUAGUGGUGUUAGUGGUUCUGAGAACUACUAUAACUACGGGACUCAUGGAGCAGCACAGUACGGAGAGUAUUUGGAGAAGAGACAGAUGUUUCUAAGAAGCUACCAGUUUUCAAGAAAACAGAGUUUCACGGAGAGAGUUUCAAGAUCCGUCAAGAAAGUGAAAAGAGUUGUGUUGAGGAGACUUAGAUCAGCUCGGAGGUUGAAACGCGUCGUUUGGUUGUCUCGUUUAAGAUCGGCGUUUUAUUACCGCCGGAGACGUUUCCUUAGGCUUCUUCACUUACACGAACCUUGUUAUUGCUUCUAAAGAAAGAGACACUUUGUGUUAUGCUUGAAUUAAUAAGUGUAUAAUUUUGUUGUUUGGUCUUGAUUAAUAACGUUUAAUUGAAGUUUUGGGUUAUUGUUAUAAUCAUUAAAAUAUUGUAUGUACUUAUUGAAAAGUCAAAAGAGAGGGUUGUGAAACGUGAACUUUGCUUCUCGAGAGUUUUACAUUACAUAAACAGUUCAAAGACGUGAAA